CGAGCGGAGGGAGAAGGCUCUCGGGCGGCGAGAGGUCCUGCCCAGCUGUUGGCGAGGAGUUUCCUGUUUCCCCCGCGGCGCCCGGGUGAAGUUGAGUGAGUCACUCGCGCGCACCGCCCGACGACUCCCCCGCGCGCGCGCUCGCCGGGGGCAGGAGCCGGCCUCCUGCGCAGCUCCCCUCGGCCGCCGGGGGCCUCCCCGCGCGCCGCCGGCCUCCAGGUCCCCCUCCCGGCUGGCGAGCGGCGCCACAUCUGGCCCGCGCAUCUGCCCGGCCGGCGGGCGCAGGGUCCCGAGAGGGCGCGGCGCGGAGGCGCAGCCGGGGCUCCGGUCUAUGACGAGCGGCGGGGGCUGCCAUGGGUCGGGGGCUGCUCCGGGGCCUGUGGCCGCUGCACAUCGUCCUGUGGACGCGCAUCGCCAGCACGAUCCCGCCGCACGUUCUGAAGUCCGUUAAUAAUGGCAUGAUAGUUACGGAGAACAACGGUGUCAUCAAGUUUCCACAGUUGUGUAAAUUUUGCGAUGUGCGAUCGUCCACCUGUGACAACCAGAAAUCCUGCCUGAGCAACUGCAGCAUCACGUCCAUCUGCGAGAACCCGCACGAAGUCUGUCUGGCUGUCUGGAGGAAGAAUGAUGAGAACGUUACCCUAGAGACGCUUUGCCAUGACCCCAAGGACACCUACCAUGGCAUUGCGCUUGAAGAUUCUGCUUCUCCAAAGUGUAUCAUGAAGGAGAAAAAGGUGUUGGGCGAGACCUUUUUUAUGUGUUCUUGUAGCACCGAUGAGUGCAAUGACUACAUCAUCUUCUCAGAAGAAUAUGCCACCAACAACCCUGACCUGUUGCUAGUCAUAUUCCAAGUGACCGGUGUCAGCCUCCUGCCGCCACUGGGAAUCGCGAUAGCCGUCAUCAUCAUCUUCUACUGCUACCGCGUUCACCGGCAGCAGAAGCUGAGCCCGUCCUGGGAGACCAGCAAGCCACGGAAGCUCAUGGAGUUCAGCGAGCACCUCGCCAUCAUUCUGGAAGAUGACCGCUCUGACAUCAGCUCCACAUGUGCCAACAACAUCAACCACAACACUGAGCUGCUGCCCAUUGAGCUGGACACCCUGGUGGGGAAAGGCCGCUUUGCUGAGGUCUACAAGGCCAAGCUGAAGCAGAACACUUCUGAACAGUUUGAGACCGUGGCGGUCAAGAUCUUCCCUUAUGAAGAGUACGCCUCCUGGAAGACGGAGAAGGACAUUUUCUCGGACAUCAACCUGAAGCACGAGAACAUACUGCAGUUCCUGACAGCUGAGGAGCGCAAGACAGAGCUGGGGAAGCAGUACUGGCUGAUCACGGCCUUCCACGCCAAGGGCAACCUACAGGAGUACCUGACGCGCCACGUCAUCAGCUGGGAGGACCUGCGCACUCUUGGCAGCUCCCUCGCGCGGGGCAUUGCUCACCUGCACAGCGACCACACCCUGUGCGGGAGACCCAAGAUGCCCAUCGUGCACAGGGACCUCAAGAGCUCCAAUAUCCUCGUGAAGAACGAUCUGACCUGCUGCCUGUGUGACUUUGGGCUUUCCCUGCGUCUGGACCCAACCCUGUCUGUGGAUGACCUGGCCAACAGUGGGCAGGUGGGAACUGCGAGAUACAUGGCUCCAGAAGUCCUAGAAUCCAGGAUGAAUUUGGAGAAUGUUGAAUCCUUUAAGCAGACGGAUGUCUACUCGAUGGCUCUGGUACUCUGGGAAAUGACAUCGCGCUGUAAUGCGGUGGGAGAGGUGAAAGAUUACGAGCCUCCAUUCGGUUCCAAAGUGCGGGAGCAUCCAUGUGUUGAGAGCAUGAAGGACAAUGUGCUGAGAGACCGAGGACGACCGGAAAUUCCCAGCUCCUGGCUCAACCACCAGGGCAUCCAGAUGGUAUGUGAGACUCUGACCGAGUGCUGGGACCAUGAUCCGGAGGCCCGACUCACGGCCCAGUGUGUGGCGGAGCGCUUCAGCGAACUGGAGCACCUGGACCGGCUCUCAGGGAGGAGCUGCUCUGAGGAGAAGAUUCCCGAAGAUGGCUCGUUGAACACUACCAAAUAGCUCUUCCCAGAGCAGGCUGGGCUCAUCUAAAGAGGCUGCCCCUGUCACCAAAGAACAGGGGCAGCAGGAAGUUGCCCCUGAUCCUGAACCAAUGCUUCCUGGAAGCCCAGGGGGUCACUCCCCUCCCUGUGAGUUGUGGGCAUAAGCAGAAACAGCAGCAGCAGGGAGUGGGUGACAUGAAGCAUUCUAUGCCUUUGACAUUGUCAUAGGAUAAGCUGUGUUAGCACUUCCUCAGGAAAUGAGAUUGAUUUUUACAAUAGCCAAUAACAUUUGCACUUUAUUAAUGCCUGUAUAUAAAUAUGGAAUAGCUAUGUUUUAUAUAUAUCUAUAUAUGUCUAUAUCUAUAUAUAUAUACAGCCAUACUCUGGAAAGAGACAAGGAAAAAAGAUCAAAUAUCCCAGGAAAUCGGUUUGUUUGGAGAGCUCCCGAACCAGGCACAGAAGGAAGGGAUCCGUGACAGCAUUAGCACUUGACAAUCACACGUGCUCUGGUUCUCUGGCCACACGAGGUGGGGGGGGGCCUCUGCGUGAGGAGAGGGGCUCCGAGUCUCACGCCUGCUCCAGCCACGCUGCACUCGCUUUUGCAAAAUAACAAUUCUGCGUGCGUGGGUCCUUUGCCGGCCGUGCAGCUAAUUAGAGUCUCGCUUUUUGGGGAUGAAAUCCUGGGGUUCCUGUGUGCCACUGUGUCUCCUGGACUUUUCACUUGAGAUUCAAGCCCACAGUCUGUUUGUGAGCCUCCUUCCUCAACCAGCUCUUGUCUCUAAGAGCUUCAAGGUUUUGAGCUGCCCAGGCUUCACACGCAUAAAAAUCAGAACAGAUUUCCCCACUUACGAAAUGGCCACAUAUUCUACUAAUGAGAGAUAAUGCUUUCGUUGUUUUUAUUCUCCUUGCUAUAUCUAUCUAUGUUACUCUUCUCUACUUCCACCCAUAUUCCCUUUCCUUAAAGGGAAUGAAUCUCCUUGCCAGGGUUCACUGUGUGCAGAUUUUCAUCAGGCUCGGUUGGAGUCUCUAGCUUUCUGUGCAGACAUCAGCAGAUUCCUUCUCUCUGGGCCCCUGAACGCUUCAGUCCAUUCUGGCCCAGUCAGGACUCUAGCAGCACAGCACAGCCGUGGUCCGAACCGUUUCCACAGACACAGAACACGUGUUUUGCUUGGCCAGCACUGCGAUGGACAAAAUUGAGCCCCUUUUUAAAUAUUUGGAGAAUUUGCAAAAAAGAACAAUCUGUAUUCUCCCAAGUGAGGAUAGAUAGCAGAUGGCUUCCAUUUCUCCCUGGUCCACAUUAUUCAGAAAACAAAGGUGUGGACGCACUUAUAAAGCUGCUUUCCUUCUCAGUGUAAACGUUUGUAUUUUCCACUGCCUGCCUCAUCCCGGUCUAGGAAUUAAACUUGCCCCUAACCCAGGCCCCUUGUAAGAAAUGUGCAUUACAUCAGCCAUUCUCUAUCAUACAAAUUUGAUUCCCUCCCUCUUCCUGGUCUGGUGUUAAGAUUUUAAGUUUGUGUGUGUGUGUGUGUGUGUGUGUCUGUGUGUGUGUGUGUGUGUGUGUCUGUGUGUGUCUGUGUGUUUUGGACUGAAGGGGACCCCCUCAAGUGGUCUCAGUUAAGCCAAAUCUAUUACGGAGGGGAGCUCUUACCUAGAAUCUUAUGCCAAGGUUACCAGUCUCCGCCAUACGGCCUUCUGGCCCUUUGCAGGAUUUGCUAGCAAGGACUUGAAUGUGGGAACGAGUCCCUUUUGGCAUUUAGGAAGUCUGUGUGCGAAUGGGCAAGAACAAAGAAUGAGCUUUAAUACUCCAUAGGAAUUUGUUAAUCCACAAACAAAUGUUAAUGCUGCAAAUAAUCUCUUUUUUUUUAAUGUUGUUGAAGCUACCUGUUUUCAGCCAAAUAGGAAUAUUAGGACCGGCAGUGAGCAUAUCCGUUCCAUUUGGAUUUUGGAAGGUCUCUCAUUGAGGUUUUAGCAGGUAGGCUGAGAUUUGGGAUUAGAUGUACCUUGUAGGCACCCUGCUCAAUGGGGCAGUGGUAAGGGGGUGGCAGCGCUGAGAAAGUUCAAGACUGUCUGCCUGCAGUACCUUGGAAAUGCCCAUAAAUUCCUUGCACCUUAGGGCUUAUUGAUGCUGUCUCAAUAGCUGUUGCUCAUUGACCUCUAGUGGUGAAUUUCUAGAAUACUGGUCCAUUAAUGGGAUUUUCCAAGAUUCAAAAGAGCUUUAUCACUUCUGGGUGGUCAUCAGCAUAAACUGGAAUGUAGUGUCAGAUGAUACUGUGGCUUUUUUUUUUUGUCAAGAAAAAGACCAAGGAAUAACAUUCUGUAGUUCCUAAAAAUACUGAUUUUUUUAAACUACUAUACAUAAAGGGAAAGUUUUAUUCUUUUAUGGAACACUUCAGCAGUACUCAUGUAUUAAAAUAGGAAUGUGAAUCCUAUAUACUCUUUAUAUCAAGUGUCUCAGCACUUAUUUUCAUUCUAUGCAUUGUUGUCUUUUAUAUAAAUAAAAUGUUUAUUAGAUGGAAUAAAGCAAAAAUACUCAGGUCA